UACCGGUCACAAGGGGACUGUGAGGCCCAGGUCCCGCCCUCGUCCUCUUCCUCAUGCCAUGCCGAAGAGCGACACUUGGCCAGGCGGUGUUGCCAUGGAACCCAUGAGUAAUUUGGACAGUGCUGGGAGCCUCGACAGUGUAAUCAGCAUGAACUCUGGCUAUAGUGAAGACAGUAUGGAGCAUUUAACAGCAGAAGAAAGAGCGUGUAUCAUGUAUCUGGAGGAAACAAUUGAAGCGUUGGAGGUCCAGGAGGACAGCGGCUUUUCAAACGAUGAACCAGAAGCUGGAUUACAGGCAGAUAAUACAAGUCACAUGAGAGUAAAUGACAUUUCCAGUUUCAACACUGAUGAGUUUGGAGGAGCUUUAACCAACGGAGACAAAGCGGGGCAUCACAUUUUACAAACUCCAGAACCAGCGUCCUCUCCUGCAUUCGACAGGAAAGAUCUGAACACAUCCAUGAACCUCAUGACUCAACUCAACCCUCCAGACACAGAAUCAGUUACUGAUAGCAACAUUCACAGUGAGUUGUGCAUAUCCACGGAUGAGGAUGGUACACUAAAGAUUGUCCCAGGUGACAGUCUUUCCCCCGGUCCGUCCACUGGGGCCCCUGAGACAGAUGCGGGUGUGAUCCCUCCUCCCUCAGCCUUCAUGGAUGAGCCCUUUAAGCCUCCACAGCCACAGAAAGUGAACUACCUUCCUCCACCUGCAGGAAUACACAACCACCAGCCAGGAGGAACUGUUGACUUGGAGGAGCUAGGUCGAAGAGCCACUGAGAAGAGGUCUUCACAGAGGUCGCCUGUGAACAAGGAGCCUCCAAACAAGGAGCCUCCAAACAGUCCUCCAGAGCUGAGUCUACCAGCCGUCAGCUCGGGUCCCCCGUUAAGUCUUCCCCCGUUAAGUCUUCCCCCGUUAAGUCCUUCCCUGUUAAGUCUUCCCCCGUUAAGUCCUCCCCUGUUAAGUCUUCCCCCAUUAAGUCCUCCCCCUGAGGCCGCUGAGCCCAGAAGUCCCCCUGCUGUGGCCCCUAGGCCCAAGAAGCUUCCUUCCAACAUUAUUCUCAAAUCACACAAAACUGGCUAUGACGGCAGCUCUGGAGCUUCGGUGUCCACUAACAGUGACCGGCAUUUGUCCGACCCCCAGAAGGUCCGCAUUGAGGCCCUACGGAAGCUCGGCCUGCUGCCUGCUGAGGCAGAUUCAGGCCCUGCCCUGAGUCCUUUACUUUCUCCCAGAACCAGAAAGUCAUGGGCAGCUCCUCCUUCUCCAAUCAUCUCAACAGCUCCAAAUACACCACCCUUGACUCCAUCUUACAUCCGAGUCCACAGCCCACUUCCUGCCUCCGCUCCUCUCCAGUCUCCUGCAGCUGAGCCGACAGCAGCUCCUUCUACAGCUGCUGAGGUCCUCCUAGUGCCUGAUGCUUUCAGCGAUUCACUCGAGCCUCCUCCGUCGGAUAAUAUACUCUCUGCUGUCAACACGCCCCCUCGUACCCCUCCUGCCCUGGUAAAGCAUCUAACCCCACCAAAAGCCUUCAAGUCCGCCUCCCUGGAGCGUUCUUUACCUGGCCUAAGCAGCUAUAUGGCGAGCCAAGAAUCCAACAAGGCGGGAGGGGAUCAGAGGAGCCCCAGUCAGCUACGUAACAAUCGUCCUCGUCCCGCCUCUCUGGGGAGUGGGAAAGAGUUCAUUGCUGCUCAGGGAAAUGGUUUGCAUCCAGGCCGUGUCAUCAGCAAAGAGCCGGACUUACAGAGGUCCCUGCAGGCCCACAAUGCCUUUCAGCACACCGGAAGCUCUCAGAAGCUUCCUCGAUCGCAAGGCAUCAGCGUGCUGAUCUGCCCGAGGUCAGAAAACGAAGAAGACCGCCGUGACGCUCUGAAGAAGCUGGGGCUGAUCAGGGACUGAGGCAUCCAUUUUCACACUUACUUACUAACUGCCAUGGUAUCCCUCAGAUCAUAUAUUUAAAGGAACAUACCAGAGAUUCAUACAUGAUUGAUGAUCUUAGCCACAUAGUUAUGCUCUUUCAUUUUUACUUCAUCAUGCACGAGACUGACUCGCAUGUCUUGCAUUCAUUGGCCGCACCUACUAUUAUUGGACAGCCUUAUGUACAGUAUUUUAUUUCUCAUAAAACUGCCAAUCAAGACCUUUUUUAAUACACAAUGACUUACUGUAGCUGUGGUUUUGUAAAUUAAAAAUACUGUUCAUUUUAAAAAGGGAUUGAGUAAUCUGUGAUUUUAAUAUGUUUCUUGUAAUCUACAUGUAUAAACGUACGUCUGUCACAUGUUGUUCUUUACAGUGACACCACUGUUAGAGGUUAGUUCCUCUCUUUGUUCUCCUUUUAGAUACUCUCGAAGGUCACCUUUCUUCACUUUCACUUCCUAAAAUUCUUCAGAUUUUUGCUUUGUUGACGACAGGAGCUAGCUAAUUAGCUAAUAGCUAAUAGCUAAUAUUUAGGUGUUUGUGUGUUUAACAUGAGCUGCAUUGACCCUGUAUGGCUCAGUGCAGCGUGUCAAAGCAAAGGAAAAUACCUUGGCGUAACUCAAAGCACGUAAUAGGCCGGCGGCCACUAGGUGAUAAGAAUUUGAAACACGCCGUUUUUGUGGUUGCUUAGUGACACACAUGGAAAAACGUAUGAGCUUGUUACACAGCGGAUUUAUGUGGUGUCAAAUGUUGACCCCAAAACUUUUAUUAGGUGCACAUGUUAUAUAUUUUUUUAACAUACACUGUCCUUUCAUUGCCUUCAAGUCACAAAUGUACUUAAUUUACAUUUCUAAUAUAUCAUUUUCCUCUGGUGGCACGUAAAGAAUUGGCCCUCAUAAGUCAUGUGAAAUCUCAAACAGACUCUGGCGCAGCUUUAUCUGAUAGAGAGAGAACUGGUACAACCUGUUUUCCGCCUCCAAGUUUAGACUUAUGCAACACCUUUGCUGCUCUUGGUGGCACAUUUACAAGCAGGCAGUACGUCUGGAAAUAAUUGUAUCGCUGCUGCAGGCUUUCAGAGAUAAAUAGAUUUGCUCUAUUCUCUAACACGGUGUUAAGGUCACCUACUGCUGUGAAAAUUAAGCUCAAUUUAAAAGUCAACUCUGAAUAGGUAUUUACAUCAUGAGACAACUGCACUAUGGAGUUUGUAGAGAAACCGGCAAAAGUGUUUGAAUCAACACAUUUUGUCCAUUAUAGGACCAGAAUAUUGACCUUUCGGACAAUGUUGAAGGCCUGCCACAUCGACAUGAUACCAGUAUUUUGCCAGUGCAGCAGUGAAGCAUUCUUAUAUUUCUAGUUGGUGCCAUUCAAGCUACACUUACACUUAGGUGUGGUGUCUCCAAGUGCCAAGUGCACAGUCUUUGUUGUCUUAACCACACCCUGGAUUUCUUCCCAACAUGUAUUUUAUUACGUAUUUAAGUUUGUAUAAUCUACAAACAGAAUAUUUUCAUAAAUGUAUCUGUUUAUUUUUUGUUUAUACCAUUUUGCUAAGGAAGAUAAUACCUGAACUUCCAGAGGAAACUUUUAACAAGAGCCACGUGAAAAGGGAUUUGAAUACUGUUUUCAAUAUUUUCAAAUGAGCAUAUUUUUGCAAUAAAGAUGAAUGAAACACUAUAAGACA